AUGGUUUUCCAUUUCUGUGGCACUUCCCAGGCGGUCUGUUUGUUUAUUUUUUAUUACAUUUUUUUGUUUUUCAACCUUGAUUGAUAAAUUAUUGCUUUCACAUUACAUGUGUCUGGAGUGAAAUGUGAUUUAAAUAAUAUUUUGAUGACUUCAGCAUUCCGAAAUGAAAGAACAUACCUACAAAUUGACUUAUCUGGAUCGCAGGGGACUCGCCGAACCUGUAAGGUUGAUGUUUCAUUAUCUGGGGAUUCCAUUCGAGGAUGAGAGGAUAGAUCCCACUGAGCUUACAGCGCGAUACGAUUGUAGGUUCCAAAGUCUUUAUUUAUUAUCUUAUCGAAUGUUGACGAGUAACAGGACAAAAAAAAUCGUCCCGCUGAUUUUAUAUUUUUGAUUUCAGCCCUUCCAUUUGGUCAAGUCCCAGUUCUCCUAAUAGAUGACAAAACAAAAUUAUGUCAAUCCCACGCAAUUUAUCGAUUCGUUGCGCGAAGAUACCACUUGGCGGGUAAAAGUGAAAUGGAACAGGCUCUUGUGGACAGUUACGCCGAGUUAUUACACGAUUUUGGAUAUGCCGUGCAACCGUAUUUUGCUGUUGUAUCUGGGAGGAUAGAUGGGGAUAAAUAUCAGAUAUACGAUGAGAUUAUUGUACCUACCGCCAAGAAAUUUGGCAGCUAUUUUGACAGGAUUUACAGAGUAAGUAAUCCAAUUGUCAAUGAAAAAUUGCUUUGUAAUUAUGCAAAUUAAUUGUUGAAAAAUAUGUAAAUUAUAAUUUUUAUGAAUAUUUUUGUUUUAGGAGGCAAAUUCCGGAUUCUUUGCUCCCAGUGGCCUGACUUUUGUUGAUUUUAUCGCCACCAACAUCUACGAUACCGCUCUGCGAACAGGAAUGGAUGCAGUUUGUAAAAUCCAGAGUUUAAAGGAAGUCCAUGACCGUAUCCAUGCCCUCCCCAAACUACAACGAUACUUAUCCACCAGAAGAAGAUCUGAUUUCUAA